AUGGGAGAAACGCAAAUAUGGGAGAAACGCAAAUAUGGGAGAAACGCAAAUAGGGCAAAAACGCAAAUAUGGCAAAAACGCAAAUAUGGCAAAAACGCAAAUAUGGCAAAAACAGAAAUAUGGCAAAAACGCAAAUAUGGAAAACGCAAAUAUGGCAAAAACGCUAAUAUGGGGAAACGCAAAUAUGGGAAAAACGCAUAUAUAGGAAAAACGCAUAUAUGGGAAAGAAGCAAAUAUGGGAAAAACGCAUGUAUGGGAAAAACGCAUAAAUGGGAAAAACGCAUAUAUGGGAAAAACGCACAUAUGGGAAAAACGCAUAUAUGGAUGAGUUCAAGAUAUAUGGGAAAAACGCAAAUAUGGGAAAAACGCAAGUAUGGGAAAAACGCAAAUAUGGGAAAAUCGCAAAUAUGGGAUAAACGGAAAUAUGGAAAAAAAGCAAAUAUUGGAUAA